CCCCUGUGUCCCGUUGCUAAAAGCUUAAAGAGAAAAACCAAAUCGGACAGUACUGUGGCCCAGCAGCGCGCGCGGGGGGCGUACGCCGGCGGCGAGAUCCUGCGGUGGCGGGGGGAUGGCGGCAAGGAGGCGGGGCCCGGCGGAGUGGUGGCGCUAGCGGAGUGCAGCUGCUGGGUGGGUGUGUGAGGGGUUUCGGGGUAGUUGGGUGACAAGGACAUGAAGGCGCUGCGGCGAUCCAGCACCUCGUCCUCCCCGUCGUCCUCCUCCUCGCCGACGGCCGCGUCCUCCCCGCCGUCCUCAUCGUGGAUCCACAUCCGGUCGCUCCUCGUCGCCGCCGCGUCCUCGUCCUCAUCCUCGUCGUCCUCCGCGCCGGCUGCGUCGGGGAGCGCGGUGGCUGUGGUGUCGGCUGCGGCCGCCGCCCCGUCUUCUUCCUCGCCGGCGUCGUCCUCGCCGCACUCGGAUCGGUGGGUUUCUCCCUUCGGAUGGGCGAAAGGAGGCUCCAUUAGGGCUUGAAAUGCCUCUCAUAUUCGGUUCUUGUUACAUGAGCUUCAUUUGGCUGCUGCUGAUCUGGUUCCGAUCCGUGGACCCUGACCGAGCUUGCUGUGUUGUAAUCUGUGGUCUGGAUGCAGCCUAGGGGUGGUAUUAAAUCUCCAUGGUCCCGAAGGAAAAGAAAACGAGCACUUUCUCGUGAACAGUGGGAGAGUCUGUUUUCAGCAAAUGGGAAGCUUCGUGAUGGUGGGAAGAAGUUUCUCAAGAAAGUUCGCAGCGGUGGCAUUGAGCCAAGCAUUAGGAGUGAAGUUUGGCCCUUCUUACUAGGAGUCUAUGAUUUGAAUAGCUCUGAAGAGGAAAGGAACUCUGUUAAGAUAAAGAAAAGGAAAGAGUAUGAAAAGCUGAGGAGGCAGUGCCAACAAAUUCUGAAUGGCUACAAGGGAAAUUCGUUGAAGGCAAUAACUGAAGUUAAUAAUGAGGUGUGUUCUAGUUUAGAAGGUACUGCUGAUGGAUCAGAAUCACCUUGUUUUGAAGAUGCCAAUGCUAUACGUGCUCCUGUUUCACUCGAGGAGCUGAAGCCUGAACAGAAUGAAGUUGACCAACCAGAGAACAUUCCCUGUGCUGUUGUUGAAUGUAUUGAAGAAGAUGCAGAUGAGUUAGCUUAUGCAUAUCCAUGCAUAGCAGAGUCAGAAUCAUCUGAUUCUGAAUCAUCCGAUGAGGAUGACCCUGGAAGGAUGUCCGUGUCUGGCGAGGAGAACUGUGAUCCAGAUCCUAAAUUUAUCAGGAGCACUUCAUUCAAGGCAGAUCUUUUUAGGUCUAGCAGAACCCCAGAGGACUUCGCCACAUGGCAACGCAUUAUAAGGUUGGAUGCCAUCCGAUCAAACAGUGAAUGGAUUAUGUUCUCCGGCAACCAGGCUGAAGUUCCCAAGGAGAGAGCAUUGCAGUCUGCAGCAUCUGUUGGGUUGAAAGAUUAUGAUCACUUAGAGCCCAGUAUGAUUUAUCACGCGGCUCGAUUAGUUGGGUUGCUUGAAGCAUAUGCGGUGUAUGAUCCAGAGAUUGGCUACUGCCAAGGUAUGAGUGAUCUGUUGUCACCUAUCAUUGCGGUAAUGGAGGAGGACGAUGAGGCAUUUUGGUGUUUUGUGGGUUUCAUGAGGAAAGCAAGGCACAACUUCAGGCUCGAUGAGGUCGGAAUAAGAAGGCAGUUGAAGAUCGUCUCUCAGAUUAUCAAGCGCAAAGAUUCACACCUGUAUAGGCAUCUGCAGAAGUUGCAGGCUGAGGACUGUUUCUUUGUGUACAGAAUGGUGGUAGUUCUCUUCAGGAGAGAGCUCACUUUUGAGCAGACUGUGUGCUUGUGGGAGGUUAUGUGGGCUGACCAGGCAGCUAUACGAGCCGGGAUCGGGAGGUCCACCUGGGGAAGGAUAAGACUGCGUGCUCCCCCAACUGACGACUUGCUACUCUAUGCCAUCGCCGCUUGUGUCCUGCAGAGGAGGAAGCUAAUAAUUGAGAAGUAUAGCAGCAUGGACGAGAUACUGCGAGAGUGCAACAGCAUGGCUGGGCAGCUCGACGUCUGGAGGCUGCUAGAUGAUGCACAUGACCUGGUUGUUAACCUUCACGAUAAAAUCUGAUCUGGUGGUGAGUGCUGCUCUUUGCUCUAACGGCGGAGCAGGUGUAAGCCUCAACAGAAGGAAAAAUAUUGUGGUUCCUUUACCACCUACUGAAAGUAUUCUAUUAUCUGCUAUUCAUUCCCAGCACGGAACCAACUUCUAGGUAUAGAGAAUGUUGUUAACUUAGAGUGAGGACUCGAGUGUCCUCGCAAAGAAAAUGCUGAAAGAUUGUUUGGUGUUAGUGAGGCACUGUAAACUGUUCGUUGUUUAACUUGUUAUAGGCAAAAACAGAGUUUCCUGGGAUGGCACUCCAUCAAUUUUAUGCAUACGCGCUCAAGUUAACUA